AUGGACAUGCUCGGGAAGCUCGUGCAAGGCGGUUGCGCCGCCGAUGGCACCGUGGCCGCGCGCAACCCGAUGACGCAGGCGCUCGAUGGUAUGCUGCGUGCUGGUCCGCUGGGCCGUGCGGCGCCAAUGGGCCCAUCGCAGGACGGUGGCCAUUUUAUGGAGCAUGAUCUGCGGCAGGCCAUGGACGACGCGCAGCACCAGCAGCAUCUCCAGGAAGCGCACUUUCGCCAACAUCAAAUGGCUAUGCGCAACGACGCGUCAAUGCACCAGCCCUCGCCGAUGCAGAUGGACGCGCUCUGGCAGCAGCAGCAGCAGGCGCCACAGCGCAUGCACGACUCGAUGCAGCGCCAUGCGCACAUGGAAGGCGCAUUCGCCGACGCCGGCACGGUGCAUCCACAAGCUUCGCAAAGUCACCACGGCAUGCAUCAUCAAGCUUCGGCAGGGCACCACCCUAUGUACGCGAUGCCACCACCGCCCAUGAUGAUGAUGCACGCGCCGCGCCCAUACAUGAUGCAGAACACGACACACAUGAUGGCGCCGACCUAUGCGCCGCAAGCCCCGGUGGCGACCGCGGCGCCAGCCCCCGUGACGCACGCGUCGAGUGACGCCCAACGCAUCUCGAGCGAGAUGGCGCAGGCUCUGCAGCAGGACCCGCGCUUUGAGAAGAGUGAGUUCCUCAAGUUUAUGAACCAAGUGAGCACGGGCGACGUCGAGCUCCACGAAGCAAGUAACUCGGUCAUCCACCACACGGCCGAGCCGGUGACCGAGGGCAUCAACUUGCUCGAGCCCGUGUCCGGCGCCGAAGUGCUCGAUGAUGUGUGGCACGACGCCGCCGCCGGCAACGAUACCCUCGAGGAAAUCUGGGCCAAGGCCAUGCAGGAGGCGCAAAUGCAGGACCCGUUUGACGACACGGCGCUCUGGUCCAGUCAGCAACACAAUCACACGUACGACUUUCAGGAAGAGAAUCCGUUCGAGCACGACGCCAAUGCAUUUGAAAUGGGCUGCCGUUUCUUUGCGGAAGGACAGCUCAAGGACGCGAUUCUGGCCUUUGAGGCGUCGCUGCAAGAGUCGCCCGACCACAGCGAAGCGUGGCGCAUGCUCGGCGAGUGCCAUGCUGAAAACGAUGAAGACAAAAAGGCCAUCACGUGUCUCAACCGAGCGGUCGAAGAAGACCCGUACAACCUCCACGCGCUGCUCGCGCUUGGUGUCAGCAACGUCAACGAGCUCAACUCGCACGGUGCGCUCGAGACGCUCCAGGCGUGGGUGCAGCACAACCCGAAAUUCCAUGGGCUUCAAGUCCACGUAUCCGAAGACAUGUAUGGCGACGGCAGCCUCAUGGACCAAGUGAUGCAGCUCAUGCUGCAAGCCCAGAGCCACGACCCGCUCGAUAGUGAUGUUCAGGUUGUCCUUGGCGUGCUCUACAACGUCUCCAAAGACUACGACGCGGCCGUUCGCUGCUUUCGGUUGGCGGCCAGCGCGCGCCCCGACGAGUACGCGCUCUGGAACAAGCUCGGCGCGACGCUUGCCAACUCGUCGCGGUCGAGUGAAGCGAUCCCAACCUACCACCGCGCGUUGGAGAUCAAGCCCAAGUACGCUCGAGGCUGGCUCAACCUCGGCAUCAGCCACGCCAACUUGGGGCAGUACGAGGAGGCGGCCAAGUGCUACCUCCAGGCGCUGCACCAAAACAACCAGGCCGAACACAUUUGGAGCUACCUCCGCAUUGCGUUUACGUGUCUCGAGCGCUUCGACCUGGUCAAGAUGACCGACAUGAAGGACGUCAUGUCGUUCCAGCACGAAUUUCCCAUCAUGGAGCUCUAA